CGGUGAGAGCGAGGGCGUCGCGUGCGGGGGACUGAGGCAGGAGCUGGCACCUUAGGGGCCGCCCGGAGGCGCCUCACGCGGCCCGGCGGGGAAGCCGCAGCGUCCCCCCCCCCUGCUCCCGCCGCCUAUGGUGCCCCCCACCGCGCCGUGAGGCGAGGCGAGGCGAGGCGGGCGGAGCUGGGGGCCGGCCCCGCGGCGGAGCAGGGCGCCCCAGGAUGAAGCUGACCACUCAGGCCUACUGCAAGAUGGUGCUGCACGGAGCCAAGUACCCGCACUGCGCCGUCAACGGGCUGCUGGUGGCCGAAAAGCAGCCGCCCCGCAAGGACCAGCAGCCCCACGGGCAGCCGCAGCCCCACACCCUGUUCGUGGACUGCAUCCCCCUCUUCCACGGCACCCUGGCCCUGGCCCCCAUGCUGGAGGUGGCGCUGACGCUGAUUGAUUCUUGGUGCAAAGAGAAUAGUUACGUGAUAGCUGGAUAUUAUCAGGCUAACGAGCGUGUGAAAGAUGCCAGUCCAAACCAGGUCGCUGAAAAGGUAGCCUCCAGGAUUGCAGAGGGCUUUAGUGACCCAGCACUCAUAAUGGUGGAUAACACUAAAUUUACAAUGGAGUGCGCAGAACCUGCCAUUCAUGUGUAUGAGCAUCAUGAAAACAAAUGGAGAUGCAAAGACCCACAUUUUGAUUAUUGUGAAGACUGGUCUGAAGCCCAGAGGAUCGCCGUAUCUCUCUUGGACAGCAAAUCCUACGAAACCCUUGUGGAUUUCGAUAAUCACCUAGAUGACAUCCGGAAUGACUGGACAAACCCAGAGAUCAACAAAGCUGUCCUACACCUAUGUUAGGGAGGCUUCCACUGACUGAUUUAUGGGCAUUUCCACUAUGCUGAAGAUACUUUAAAAAAAUAUUUUUGAAUGUAAAUAGAGUUAUCUUCAGUACAUUCUGGGGAACGCCAACAGCAGAUUUAAAAAGAACGGCAUGUCACUUGGAAAAGGUAACGUGCCCAUAAGCAGUCAAAUCUUUUUAAUGAGAAUCCUUAGAAGAAAUACAAACUGUCAGUUAUAGCCAUCCUUGUGGAUUCCUUCCCAGUUGUAGUGAUUGUUGCUAUAACCUUUAAAACCAGAACUACUUCUGCUUGUCCAAAUUGUUCAUAUUAAAAAGUUUUGACUAACCUUUUAUAAUCUUUA